AUGAAGAGGCGUCAGGAGCACUCUCUCAGCGAUUUAAUUUUCAGUUUUUGUUGUGGAUACCCAAUUUGGUCAGUGGAUCCAGUGGAUAAUAGCUUCGUUUGUAGCAUUGGACGAGUUGUGCCACCGACACCUGGCGGUACGCGAGAGCCAUCAACAACUGGUGAGCCAGAUCGACCACCAGUUGAUGACUCCGAUCACGCUCAUGAAUCCGCAUCGGAAAGGUUAUUCAAACCUUCUUCAGAAUGUGAACUGUUUGUUGGCGAUGUGAAAACAGCGUCAGAUAUCAAACUAAGCCAUUCGGAUAGCAGUAUCUAUGGUUAG